AUGGCUGACUUUAGGGACGGCGGCAUCCAUCGGCAGAGAAUAGAAAAGUUGGAGCAAAGUCUGAGUCAGCUCCAGCAGCUACCAGACACUCACAGCAACUCCCUCUACACUCUCUUUCACACACGCAUACACUCACACACAAAUACACACACACACACGCGCGCGCACACACACACACACCACCCGUCACUCCUGGCAGAGGGAAGACAGGACCACAGGAGAACUGUUACACACCUUUACUACCAGAUACUCACCCAGCCAUCGCCAGACGCUUUGCCCAGGAUGUGGAUGCUUCUCUUGGGGGUCACCUUUGGAUUACUGGCCUCCUCCAGGUCAGAUCUUAAAGUGAAUUCUCGGACCUGCAGCUAUGCAGGGGUAUUUCUGGUCGAGGCAGAAAAACGUCACUCCCUGAACUUUUCCAUGGCUGAAAAGGUGUGUGAGGAGCUACAGAGCACAUUGGCAAGUCAAGAACAAGUCCAGGGGGCCUAUGCUAAAGGCAUGGAAACCUGCAGGAACGGCUGGAUCAACAAUGGGAGCGUUGCCAUCCUCAGACACACGCAACAUAUGAACUGUGCAAAUAACACGGUUGGGUUGAUUCUUCUUUCAUCUAAAACGCAUGAAAAAAAUGAUGCCUUCUGCUAUGACGACCUAGCCGGGCCUGAUAAGAACUGUGAUAAAGAAGUAAUAUCAUCAGGACUCUCAACUAAGGAUGCACCAGGAGUGUCCUCACCAUCGCUUCAGGCUCCAACAAUAGCAGAGGGCGAGGUAGAGCCAGAGCCCACUGCAAAACCACAACCCAGCGAUGCUUCUGACAGUGAGGUUGUUGACACCACGGUGGCAACUGUGGAAGAUGAUUCAGGUACCAGUCCGCCCACAGAAAUGAAUGCAGAGAAUCCAGAGGUUACCACACUUGCCAUAGACGAAAUCCCCUUUGGAGGGAACGAGAAAAGCAGCGUGACGUCCACUGUCACAGAGUUCGACCAGCCCAAUGGAUCUGGGAUGAUGCCACCUUCCUCUGAGGAGGACAGAGCCUUUCCAACGGUCCCUGUUGGAGAGCCAGUGGAAACACAACCUCCCACUGAAAAAGAGCCUGUUGAAGAUGGUGUCACAACAGACUCUCCACAACAACCUAACAGCAAAGGAUGGGCCAGUAGUCCUGCUAAGCCUGAUGCUGAUCAACACAACAGCGAUUCAUCCAACUGGCUGGUAAUCCUUGGAGUGAUUGUGGCAAUUGCUGCAAUUCUUGUUGUAUGUGCAGUUGUUGUCAAAAGGAAAAGCUGGUGCGGCAAACGACAGACGCUGAUGAUCACAUCCAUAGACGGCGGCGAGGGGAACGGGGCUGCAGCAUCAGCAUCCAGCUCCCACGCCCAGGAGAGAGAGCAGGAGAUGGUGACCCUCAUGAAUAAGGAGAAGAUCCAGGAGAACGGCAACACAGAGGAGUUCACCGUCAUCACGCUAGAGGAGUCGCCAGAUAAAGAACAGCUGGCAUGAGAGGGGAGCGUAGGGUAUGGGUGAAGGCAGGAGGGGUAGAAUGAGGAAGAUGGCUGAGAGGGUAGAGAGGCUGGGGUAGGGAGCUCCAAACGCUGGGGUUAUAAACUGCUUUGGCGGUCAGGGAUGAAUGGAGGCUGAGUGAGGGUCUAUGUGUGUGUUACUUGGAAAGAUUGUGUUUUCCUGGGUCUGAAGCUGUUGCCUCUCUGUGGGACCAGGUCUUUCAAACCAAUAUGUGCAGCAUUGUCUUUGUCUGGUAUGCGGGGCUAGUUAGAACUGAAUGGUGGUCAAAGAGUGUCAUGCAUGGUGGGGUAUCAUGCAUCUGAGCAUAGCAGGGUAUGUGUGUGUGUGUGUGUGUGUGUGUGUGUGUGUGUGUGUGUAUGUGUGUGUGUGUGUGUGUGUGAGAGUGUGUGCGAGUGUAUGAGUGAGUUUUUUGUGUCAGUUCUUUGUGUCUCUGAGGUUGUACGCUUUGUUGAUGAUGGGGCUGGAGAGGCAUGGGUUUAAAAGGGAGGGGGGUGGUGAGGUUGUAAUUUGUGAAGAACAUAUUGAAUACAGAUUUUUCACUUUUUAAUAGAAUUGGUAAAUCCUAAAAUAUCAGCCUAAAUAGGAAAAUGAUGAAAACUGGUUUAUUUUCUUUAAAAUACAACAUAGAAAAAAUAAUUUUAAACAAACAGCUCCCGUGUUUUCUGUGUGUGUUUUUUUAUUUUUUUUUUAUUUGUUUGCUUAUUGUUGUAACCUUGUGUAUAUCUCAGACCUUGCCUGUGGACUGGAGUUUGGUUUUUUCAUUUUCAAGAGAACUGGGGAUGUCACUUCCUUAAUUUAUGCAGCUUUGAAUCCCUUUUUCUUGGUCUCUGUAUAUAAAGUAUAUGUUUUGGAAACGCCUUAGCAAUAGCUGCCAGUGGAUGUUUUCUUUUCUUUUUUUUCUGGUAGGAAGGGGCGUUGUGUCCCUUUUAAAUAAAGGAAUGUGUCACUUUUGAGAGUUAUUUAAUUGGAAACAGUACCUGGGGUAAAUAAUUGCAAAUGGAUUUUGGAACAGUAAAAACGGAGUGGAUAUUGUAUAAAUCAGCUUAAUGUAUAGUAUCCAAAACUGUGCAAUUCAUGCACCACUGAAGUCAGUUUAUAUGGUAUACAUUUACAAUGAGUUGGGAAUAUGAUGAUAUGAUGCCCCUGAUGGUAUCCUGAGGAUAAAGCAGGAUGAUAAUGAUGAUGUCAUACUAUAUACACAGUGUGUAAAAAAAUAACUGAAUGAAAAAAAGAAAGAAUUGGAUUGUAUCUGUAGCAGAUUGAUCAUUUUUUGUAUGUAAGAUUCGUGAGACAGCAGCUUAACUUUAUAUGCUGAACUAAGUAUCACAUAUGAUAAUGGGGGGCCCAUGUGCUGUAAACACAUACUGUGAAUGAAGCUUGCGUGCUUUCCCAGGCCUUAAUGUGCCCAUCAUGCACACGUGUAAACAAAAUACUGCAGUUUUUUCUUCUGACCUUCUCAUUGAUGAAUUAUAUCAUACAUUGUGUCAAAUCAAUAUUAUUCCCGAUGUGACAGCUAAAUUCUUUUUCAGUUUUUUCCAGUAUAAAGCUGAAUUAUAUACAGCAAUUGUAAACAGAUUUAUUUUGUUUCUGACUUGUUCCGUUGUUUUUCCUGCUUUUGCUCUUAUAUGAUUCAUUUUGACGGGAAGUAGCAAAUGUACUAGUGUAGGCAGGUUUUAUGACAAAUUAACAAAACAUGUUGCUGAAAAGAUUUGUAAAGUCAUGAACGAAAUAAAUGUGUAUAGAAAGAGA